ACACAAUUUUUAACGGAAGGACCAAAUCUGGGUAAAAAUGGUAAACAGUAGGGACCAACUCAGUGAUUUUUUUAGUUCAGGGACCAAAUCGGGGGUCCGUACAAUAGUUCAGGGACCAAAAAAGGGUUUUAACCAAUAAUAUAUGCAAGCUUGGUAUCGUACGGACAGCUGACCGACGCAACAUCUGCCUUAACGGUGCUCGCCUUCUGGACCAACAACGUAAAAAUAGAGAAACAGAAUCAGAGAAGGAAACGAAACACCGCAGGAAUUUCAGAAACUACUUCCGAACCACGCUACCACAUUCACCCUCCAAUUCCCAAAACGGCUUUUCUCAAAUAUCGCCACAUUCUUCACAAAAAUCCCACCUUUAUCAUCAACCCAGCAGAAUACCGCGCCAAAACCUUCAUCUUCUUCGACAGAACUCCUCCCCCUCACGGCGGCAGGGGUGCCCUUCGUUCUGACGGUGGCUGCCCCUCCGACCUACUCUUUCUCUCUGGCGGUGGCGUUUUGAAUUUGUCCCAAAUUUCUUCUUUUUCCCUAUACCCGCAUAUAUAGAGUUAAGAUAUAUAUAUAUACACCCGAAUAUGCUGACGAUUAAGAGGAUUCCGACGGUUCUUUCCAAUUACCAAGAGGAUAAUUCGGAAAGAGAAGAAGCUGGUUGUGGCCGGAAUUGUCUUGGAAAGUGCUGCUUACCUGUAUCAAAUUUGUCUCUGUAUACAUUUAAGAAAAACCAAGAGGGUUCAUGUGAAGAUGGGGUUAUGAAUUCAUUCAAGGAACAAUCUCAGCCUUCGUUCCUUAAGUUGUUGCUGGAACAAUGGGAGGAUAGAAUGAGCAGAGGUCUAUUUCGGUAUGAUGUAACUAGUUGCGAGACAAAGAUCAUUGAGGGGAAGUACGAGUUUAUUGCACAGCUCAAUGAGGGACGCCACCUCAAGAAACGGCCUACCGAGUUUCGGGUUGAUCAAGUGCUUCAGCCUUUUGAUGAUACUAAGUUCAAUUUCACCAAAGUUGGACAGGAAGAAGUGCUUUUUAGAUUUGAGCUGGGGAAUGACCGCAACAGCCAUUUUUACCCUGAUGCAGCAGUUGUUGCUGAGUCAUGCCACUCUCCUAAUAUUAUUGCUAUCAAUGUAAGCCCAAUUGAGUAUGGGCAUGUCUUGUUGAUACCGCGUGUUCUUGACUGCUUACCUCAGAGUAUUGAUCAUGAUAGCUUCUUGCUUGCUACUUAUAUGGCUAAAGAAGCAGCAGAUCCUUACUUUAGAGUCGGUUACAACAGUUUGGGAGCUUUCGCCACCAUCAAUCACCUCCACUUCCAGGCAUAUCAUUUGGCAAUUCCAUUCCCAAUUGAGAAGGCUCCGAGUCAAAGAAUAUUCACGGAGACAGGGUUGCAAGUUAGGGGGAUUAUUGUCUCCCAGCUGUUGAAUUAUCCAGUCAGAGGCCUUGUUUUUGAGGGGGGAAAUUCAAUUCAAGAACUCUCCAAUGCUGUUUCUAGUGCUUGCAUUUGUCUGCAAAAUAACAACGUCCCUUUUAAUGUGCUAAUUUCUGGACGUGGGAAAAGAAUCUUUCUGUUACCUCAGGUAAGCAGUUGAUCAAAAAUUGAUUAUUAUCCAUUUGAUUCUUAAACUCAUAUUUUUUGACUUCAUGAAAUCCCACAUAUAUAUAUAUAUAUAUGUCAGGACCCUGAAAUCAUUUCCAACUUCACAGCAUUUACAAAGCACUAUUUGUUCCUAACCAUUUGUUCUGGGAUAAAAGAGAUGUGGUUCCUUUAAUUGGUGGUGCUUUAUAUGCAAAUUUAGAUAGAAAUUAGUAAUAAUGGUAAUUUAUAUGCCUCUCAAGACAUGAACUGCUAAAAUUGCAAAAUUGGCAGCCAUACAGAACUUUAAUCCAAUAGGUUGGGGCUAUUCCUAGUUCCUACCAACGAUAUGACAGAAUGUCCUGAGUGAGAAAAGGGAAAAGAAACAGAAUGCUUUAGAAUUCGUCAGUGUACAUUUAUAAUGGCGUUUCUACUUUGAUUUGGCAAUGAGAUAGUAAUUUUAUUGCUUGUUAUGUGACAGUGUUAUGCGGAGAAACAAGCGCUUGGAGAAGUAAGUCAGGAGCUGCGGGACACUCAGGUCAAUCCUGCAGUAUGGGAGAUUGGUGGACAUAUAGUGUUGAAGAGAACGAAGGACUAUGAAGAUGCAUCGGAGGCAUAUGUGUGGAGACUCCUAGGUGAGGUUUCUUUGUCAGAAGAGAGAUUUCAGCGGGUGAAAGCAUAUAUCUUGGAAGCAGCUGGGUUGCAAGAACCUAGUGCAGAGGUUGGUAACAUAAAUCAAGAGGAAGAUUCUCUUCACAGUCAGCCUCCUGCUCGGGCUCACCAACAUUUGCCUCAAGAUUGCAAAGUUUAGUUAAAAGAAAACACAGUUAUGGUGCUCUUUACUUUUAUUAGGGAAUAGCAAUUGAAAUUUUUUGGUUAGUGAUUGUACUAGGAUAUCUAGCUAGCAAGCUAGACUCUGUUCUAAUAGGAUCAUUUUGACAAUGGUGAUCGACACUAUC